AUGCGGAGCGAGCGGCGUCGAGCCUUGCCCGACGAGGCGGGAGCCCCCGCGUGUUUGCUGGCGGUGGGAAUGCAGCCCCGCCCCGCCGCCGGGGUCCCCCGCCGGAGCGGCCUGGGGGCGGAAGCGUCCUGGACGCCGGCCGCGGCCGCCCGCGCCCCGCGGCGCCGCCCCGCCGCCCGCCCGCCCGCGCUUCCCCCUCGCGGGGAUCCCGGCUGGGGAACUCCGCGGAGCCUUCGAAUCCAGACGGCGGAGGCGGGGCGAGCCCUCCCUCCCGCUCGCUCCUCCGCGGUGCCCCCGGUCGCCUCCCGCACCCUGAGGGCGUGGGGUCUUGAAGGAGUGCGGGGGGGGCGGUGCGCCCCAGAUGCCCCCAUCCCUCCCGGGCUCCCUGCGAGCCGGAUUCUGCUUCUCGUCCUGGGACACGAGCGCCCCCGACCUCCGGCCCCGGCGCCGCUGCUGGAGGAGCGAGGCAGGGGCCGGGGGACCAGGACGCGCGCGGGCCCCCGCGAGGGUCCCUCUGGCCGUCGGGUGGACGCAGGGCUGCGCAUCCCGCAGGACUCCGGUCCUUCCCGGGGGUGGGGGGCCCGCGCGGGGGUCACCAGAGCCCCCUCUGGCGGCGGUGCGGGCAGCGCCUGGGCCGGGGCAACAGCCAGCCGCUCCCAGGAUGGGGCGGGGGGAACAGACGCCCCCCGAAGCCCCUGCGGCCCGCACCUGAGUGGCCGCUCCUCCCCGCGAGUCUCCUCCCCGCGUCCUGGCCCACAGCCGGAGCCUCCCCCCCCCACCCCCCCGGCGCGGUCUGGAGCCCGGGGGCCCGCGGGGCGGCCGGGGAAAGGGCCGCGCUUACCUGGCUGGCCGGCGGGGACGCAGGUCCCUGGGAGCGGCGGGGCCGCGCGGCCUCAGGCUCGGGAGGACACCGCGCUCUCCCCCGGCGCCCGCGGAGAGGAGGAGGAGGCGGACAGCCCGGCCUGUCCCGCCCCCCUCCCACGAGUCCCCGCCCCACCGCGGCCGGCCGGGCCAGGGAAGACGCCCUCGCGGGGGCCGGAGCCCGAGGUCCCCCACCCGCCCUUUCCCACAGCCGUGCCCCCCCACCGCCUGCACAGCGCCCGCUUUGUUCAGCUCUGCAUCUGGGCUCUCCGCGGCCACGCCGCGCGCCCUGCCCUGCCCUGCCCUGCCCCGUCCUCCUCACUCCUCCGCCGCGGGGCUGCGCCGGCCCACCCGGGCCCCUCCGGCCCACCGCGGCCCCACCGGCCCACCGCUGCCCACCCCGGCCCACCCCAGCCCACCGCGGCCCCACCGGCCCACCGCGGCCCACCCUACCCACCCCGGCCCACCCCGGCCCACCGCGGCCCCACCGGCCCACCGCGGCCCAUCCCGGCCCACCCCAGCCCACCGCGGCCCCACCGGCCCACCGCGGCCCCAGCGGCCCAUCCCGGCCCACCCCAGCCCACCGCGGUCCACCCCGGCCCACCGCGGCCCCAGCGGCCCACCGCGGCCCACCCCGGCCCACCGCGGCCCACCGCGGCCCCACCGCGGUCCACCCCAGCCCACCGCGGUCCACCCCAGCCCACCGCGGCCCCAGCGGCCCACCGCUGCCCAUCCCGGCCCACCCUGACAACCGGGGCCCAUCCCGGCCCACCGCGGCCUGGCGCCAUCCAAUCCCCGGAUGGGUUGUGCCUUCUGCCAUCCCUCCUCUGCCUAGAUUCUAUUCGAAGCCCCGCCAUGAGGAGCCGUAAGCGGGGUCCGAACUCCCAACCCCAGCGGGCUUCGGAGACCCCCCCCCCCCCAAGGCCAGGUACAGGAGGCACGCGAAAGUGCGUGCACAGGACAGCAGGGAAAGGCCGACGGCGGCCCGGACUCCACUGGGAGCCUCCUCCAGGCAGGCCAGAUGCCAGAUGCGGGCCAGCCUGCGGGUGGAAGUUACCAAAAACACCUCGCAGCCAUCUAACCCCGCACCGGAAAUCCAGUGCCGACAGUGGAUCUUUACCUUGCAAAGCCAGCUCUUGCUCCCGGGAGACCGGCUAG